AAGUCCAUCAGUCUGUGCUGGGUAUCACGUACGUGCUGCGUUUGAAGACACGCAGAGGUCUGCUUGGGGCAGGGAUGAUUAUGCAGCGAUCUGUAAUAACAGCUGGAGAGCGAAAUGCACACACGUCCCGGAGUGCUGCCACCUGUGUGGCUGUCUUCUCCAUUCGUACAUUAGGUUUGAAAGUGGCCACGAAAGACUAUGCACAUAGAGUACACAGUAGGCCACAUGCCAGUGGGAAAUUGAAAGGAUAGCCCAGUACAAAAUGGGCAGGAAAAUGUCAGCCUGCAGUGACUGUGGAGUUGAGAAAACUGAUUUUCUUGUAGGUAGGAACUAACUUCUUGUAUUCCAAGGUUAACUUUACACCUGGAAAAUAAUUAGGCGUUUAAAAUGAUGGGUGGUAAGCUGGAAGUAAAACGCAGGUAAGAUCCGAUUCUGGGAGUCUGAAGUUAGUUCAAGAAGUGUUUGAAACUCGGCGGUGGUGGUGCUGCUGGUGAAGGUGCUGCUGCUGUUGGUGGCGGUACUGGUGGUGGUGAUUUUCAACAUCUAGCUUAAAAGCUCCAGCUUAUUUUGCCCACACUUCUGACCCACUGGCUGGAGACCAGGGUUUUUACUACCCCUUCCAGAGCUCACAGAACCCAGGAGACAUUCUUACUGGUGUGUUUAAAGUACAUUGCAAAGAAUACAGAUGAAGCAGAAAGUGUGCUUGUGUUUCCCAGGAUAAGAUUAAGGGGUGUCGUGCUCCCAUCAACCUCCAACCGCUUGGAAGCUCCACAAAUCCUGCCAUUUUGGGUUUUGAUGGAGACUUUAUUACAUAGGCCUGAUUAAUUAAAUAAUUGCUUAGUGGUCAUCGGUUUAACGUACAGCUUAUCCCGCCCAAAGAAGUGUAGGAGUUAUGUGCAAGCAAACAGUAUUCCACGCUAACACAGGAGGCGUGUUGAAUUACGAUCAAAAUUAUGCUUUAGGAAAUAUUAGUGAUGGGAAGUCAGAAGUAAGAAACAAAAUUAUUGUAAUAGUGCAUGGAAAUGGAACUAAAGGAACAGGGGAAAGGAAUAGCUGCAAGAGGCAUUUUGUAGCAAUAAUAGCUGAACUCAAUGGUUAUCUGGGACCUGAUGUUAAGCCUAAAUGCAUGGGAGGUGCUGACCUCAAUAAAUGGAGAGCUAGAUAAUGAACGCACCUGUGAGCAGGCUCUGGUUUCCUUUCGAUGUGGGAUUAAAUAAUGAUGCAAGACAGGAAUGAGGCUGGAGGCAUCCUGCUGCUAGCGCUGGAAGGUGGGGGUCUGGAGUCAAAGGCCAGGUGGAGCCAGUAAGGGAUCGCCAUGUCCUUGAAACAGAUAUGCUGAAUUGAGAUCACAAAAGGAGAAAAUGAGAUGAGGGAAAAUAAAAAAUUGCUGUGUGUUUGCUGUUUCAGGUCUGCUGUGGUUCUAUUUUUAAAAAAUAAUAAAACCCUAGUAAUGUAAACAGUUUCUUGGGGUUCUAUGGGUUGACUUCCCAGCUCCACUGCUUAGACUUACUCGUGUAACUGUAUUAGCUAAUAAAUGAUCUAGGCCCUAGGCCUGCCUAGGCUUUAGCUUAGGAGCACUGUUUCUAAGAGACCUCUACGAGACUAGCUCGUGUUUCCUCACAGUAUGGUUGUCUUAUGGCAGUAUCUUAAGAGCUAUAGGGUACUUCCUUUUACUAUGCCAUGUCUGUCAUACUGUUUAUCAAAGCAGGUCGUAGGCACACACAGAUCUGAGACGAGAAUUAUGGGAGGCAUAUAUGACCAGAUCUUGCUACAGAAGGCAUUUGGUGAUUGGGUGCUUUGGAAGAAUACUACCAUAUCUGUACAUAAAGUGAAAUAUUCAAUGCAUGUCGCUAAAUGACCUUUGAACUAUACUGUGUUUCUGCCAAGAUAGCUUCUCCAAGUGUCAAAUUAUCCAUCCUCUCUAGCUUAAGUAUACAUUCAAGCAUUCUUACUGUGUAUUAGUUUAGGAGGUUCUGUUGUUGUUUUCAGUUUCACUGAGCCAGAGUCUCUAUAUUUAGCCCAGGUUAACCUUGAACUUGCUAAGUAGUGCACACUAGCUCCUGCGCCUGCACGCUGGGAUUUCAGGCCUGCACCACCAUCCUUAUAGUUAGUCAUCUUUAUAGUUAGUCUUUCCCUCCUCCUGCGGUAUCCCUUCCCUCUAGGCUCCGCUCCCUUAAUGUUCAGGAUAGGAUUUUGAUGCAUGGAACCCUAUGUGCAUAGCAUGGUCGAGACAAAAAUAAAAGUAUGUUUCGUGGGGUUUUGACACUCUUUUGGCUUUAAUUUUCUGUUCAAUUAUUUCACUGUAGAUGUUUCUUUAGCCAUACAUUCCUGAAGCAUAGACUGCAGCCAAAUGAACCUUACUGCAGCUUCUGAGUUCAACAUGUAUGAAGCUUUGCCGGUUUCCACCCCUGAGAAUGAGGACAGCCUUGUGACAGUGAAGGAGGAAAAGACCAGCAGGGAGCAGCCAGGCAACUCACAGGAGGGCAGGAGCCACACUCCGGAGCUUUACUGCCUGAGAUUUUGGCAGUUCUGCUACCAGGAGGCUCCUGGGCCCCGGAAAGCUGUGGCCCAGCUUCGGGAACUUUGCCAUCAGUGGCUGAGGCCAGACACCCGCAGCAAGGAGCAGAUCCUGGAGCUGCUGGUGCUGGAGCAGUUCCUGACCAUCCUGCCCAAAGAGCUCCGAGGCUGGGUACAAAGUAUCAUCUACAGAGUGGUGACGAGGCGGUGACAUUGCUGGAGAAUCUAGCCCCGGAACAAGGAGACACGGGGCAGCAGGUGGGAAGAUGAGGAAUGCUCUAGGGUGGGAGAGACAGGGUGAGGAGUGUCUGUUCACUAGCGUGUCACCUUUUAUUCUGAAAUAAUCCAAUUAGAGAAGGACCGCAAAAACCGUGUAGAGCGCUCGGAUCCUUUUCGGACAGAUUUAGCUGUUGGUAGCACUAGUUCCGGGAUAUAGCCCACCUACCCCGUCCAUAUUCCUGUGCAAGCCAAAUUCAUUAUCUUUUGCACAGGCAUGCACAUUUAUCCAGACUCUUUCCCCCCUAACCAGCUGACAGUUAAUUAUAAAUAUGUCUUUUUACCACCAACUACUUCAGCAUGUAUUUAUGAAGAUAAGGAAAUGCUUUCGCAGUCUGAAUAUGGUCAUCAGAUUGUUCCCUUUGGCUGCCUAUCUACCCCCGGGGCAGCGCAUUCGCUUGCCCAU